UCAGCAAAACUACAACAGUAAAUCAGAUCUUAAAGGACUUGUAAUGAAGGUGUGGAUUUUUCUGCAGUUAGCAGUGGUGGCUGCUAUGUCACAGACACAGCAGGACUGUGUGCGGGGCGCAUGUUACCCACCCAUUGGAGACCUGCUUCAUGGGAGAGAACAGCAGCUCAGUGCAUCUUCCACCUGUGGCCUCAUUGGAACAGAAGUAUUCUGCACACCAUUUGAACAGUGGAAAAUGAAGUGUUGCCCAUGUGACUCACGGAAUCCAGCAGCACGUAAUGCUCACACCAUCCAGAACGUCCUCAGCAGUGCGGGACCUGACAGGUGGUGGCAGUCCAGGAAAGGUGUAAAUCCUGUUUCUCUGCUGCUGGACCUACAGCAGCUAUUUCAACUGGACACACUGCUCCUCUCCUUUAAGGGCCCCCGGCCAAGUGCUCUGUUGAUUGAGCGCACAGCUGAUUUUGGACGGACCUGGCAACCAGCACUCUACAUGGCCAUCGACUGUCCAUCUGCUUACCCCAAGGUUGCCAUGACGAUGCCCUCUGACCUGGGCACUACUUACUGCUACACCCUCCCUGCCAGCUCUGCUAACCCUUAUCAGGACCAAAAAAUUUACUUCCACCCCCUGCAACAAUACUCCAAAAUCAACUACUCAGAUGAAUAUAAAAUUGAAGAGGUAACUGCUUUUACGGGUCUCCGUGUGAAUCUCACCCAGCUGGGUGAGGUUCCCCGCACGCCUGGCCGUAACCCCAGUCAGUUUUAUGCCCUGAAGGAGAUGAAGGUAAUGGGCUCCUGCUUCUGCCACGGGCACGCCAACCGCUGCCUGCCUAAAGCCACCUCCAGCUACCCACACAGCACAGAGGUGAAUGGAGUGUGUGAAUGUCAGCAUAAUACAGCAGGGCUGAACUGUGAACGGUGUGCUGACCUGUACAAUGACCAUCCAUGGAGACCAGCAAAACGUGACAACCCUCACACCUGCAAGCGAUGUGAGUGUAAUAAUCAUGCUCAGAGAUGCCGUUUUGACAGUGAGCUGUACAAACUUAGCGGCAGGCGGAGUGGCGGUGUGUGUGUGGGAUGUCAGCACCACACCACAGGACCCCGGUGUGAACAAUGCAUCCCAAAUUAUUACCGCAAUCCCCACAGCAACAUGCAAAGCCCAGAUGCAUGCUUAAGGUGCCAGUGUGAUAGCAUGGGUUCAGAGAAAGGAGGUCAGUGUGACCAAGUCACAGGGGCGUGUCUCUGUAAGGCGAAUGUGGAAGGUGCACGCUGUGACCGCUGUAAACCCGGGUACUUUGGCCUCAGCACUGCCAACCCACUUGGCUGCUCCAAGUGUUCCUGCAGCACAACAGGCUCUCUUCAUGGCAUGUGUGACCCCGUAACGGGACAGUGUGCAUGCCGUCCAAAAACGGAGGGGCUGUCAUGUGAUCGAUGUACCAUUGGAUUAUGGAACCCCUCCUCUCCCUCGGGCUGCCAGCCCUGUGACUGCUACCCCAAUAAUGCCCUCAGCCACACCUGUGACCAGCAAACAGGUCAGUGUCUGUGUCGGGAAGGGUUUAGUGGACGAACCUGUGGUGGUUGCCCAGACAACACCUUUGGAGACCCAUUAAUUGGCUGCAAACCAUGCCAAUGUGACAGUACAGGGACGGUCCCUGGAGGGUGUGAUAAGGAUACAGGUGUGUGUCACUGUAAGCGGGGGGUCACCGGUGUUCACUGUAACACCUGUGCCCGUGGGCACUGUGCCAGCUUUCCACAGUGCCCCACCUGCCCUUCCUGUUUCGUCCACCUGGAUGCCCAGCUGCAGAGUCUUACCCUGGACUUCGGGCACCUGGCCAGCACCCUGCUGUCUGCCACAGACGGCGCCGGUGCAGAUGUCAUGGGCCGCAUCAGAGAGCUGGAGCUCACGCUCCUCCACCUGCAGGAUUCCCUGAAACUCCCUGCACAGUCCGAGAACUUCAUGGAUAACUAUGUAAGACACCUGCAGAGACUCUGGUCUAAGGUCAGAGAUAUAAAUCUUGGUCUGCAUUCCACUGGUCCAACUCCAGACCUACAGGGAGAACUAGAGAAACUGCAGAAUCUGCUCUCAGAACUCCACCUGGUAUAUAAUGCCAAAGUAAAACCUGGGACCAACUAUGCAGGUGCCUGGGCUGCUGUUAGAAAAGCCUACAACAAGUCCACAGAUGCAGCUGGGCAGGCCGAAGCUACGGGAGAUGCUGUGAACAAGGCAUCAUCCAUCCGAGAUGAUGCCAUGAAAAGCCUCAACCGCAUCCAGCCAGGCAACACCAACAAUCUGGAGACACUCAGCAAAGUUCUGGCAACCCUGCCCAACCUUACUCCUACAGCUGUACAGGUGUGCAGCAGUAGUCGUUUGUCCAUCUGUACUCCCCAAGACUGUAGGGGUGAACUUUGUCCUGCGGGUGGAGUGCCUCCCUGCAUUCGGGGUGAGCGUUGUGUGGGUGCUUUACCACAGGGUAGCAGGGCUAUGCAGGACUCAGAGGAGGUAAAAGCAAAACUACAGCAGCUCAACGACAAGAUUACACAGGCUUACUCACAGAUUCAGGAUACCCAGGCUUCAGCCAAUCGAGUCAGACUGUCCACUGAAGAGCUGACCAAUCAAAUCAAGCGCGCACGUGAUGACAUGGAUGAUGACAUGAAGGAUACUAAGAACUUUAUAAGGAGACUGAAGGACUUCCUGUCUGACCCAGUCUCUGAUCCUGGUGUAGUGCAGCGUGUGUGUGAGGGUGUGUUGGGUAUGAGGCUGCCAGAGACAGCAGAGGCUUUGAAGAGGAAGCUACAGGAGAUGCAGGACCUCGCCGCCUCUCUACCAGACAGCAGCAGGGUCCUGAAUACUGCUGGGCCACAGCUGGAACAGGCCCGAAACCUACUGCAGGAUGCAGAGAACGCCAGGGAUGUGGCCUUGGAACUGCAGGAGAAUGCUGAGACAUUGCUGACGUCACUAGAUGAGAAUGAGAGCACCAUCACAGACAUGGAGGAGAAACUGCGGGAAAGCCAGGACAUUGUGGACAGUGUGAAACAGGAUGUGCAGAAGUCAGAGCAGGUUUUGGAACCAGCAGAGGGGCUGGUAGGGGAGUUGCCAGGGUUGUUGGAGGCAAUGCACCCCCUGCUGGAGGGUCUGAUUAUGCUGACGAAGAGGGGAGGAGUGUUGGCCACAGAGGCUGUAAAGCAGGCAGAUGGAGCAGAGGAAGAGGCUAACAAUGCAGCACAGGACUUGCUAGUGCUGCAGGAUCAGCUGGUGAAGCUGAAGCAGGCUUCUAAGGACAGUGAUGGUGCAGGAGCAGCAAGGAAGCGGUUACAAGCCCUGCAGCAGGACACCACAGCCCUCAUCCAGGACACCACAGACACCAUCCACAAACUCACAGAUAAAGAAGAGUCUCUGCAGAGAGGAGCAGCAGACCUGCUCAUGAAUGUGGGGCGUUUGGAAGGUCUCGAUGCUCAAGUUCAGGAGCUGCUCACUGAUAUCCGCACCAAAGCAACCAGACUGACAAUGUGCCAGGGCUAAGGAGACAUGGCCACCAGGGGGUGCUCACAUUUAAUAAGAUAGGCACAGUCUAUUUAUUCUACCACACCUGAACAUUUCAAAUGAACAUUUGUGUGCAGCCUAUGACUUUGUAAUGUAAACAUAGCAUGUACUUACAAUGUCUCUGUGCUUCUUAAACAUAUAUCAAACUGUAAACAAUACAGGAGCCUACACAGUGAUAAUGGACUGUAUAGUACAAAAUUUUAAUAACUUUUUUUUUUCAUUUUGCAUAAAGAUAUUUAAGUGCAUGUUAUUGUUAUACAAAGUAGACA